AUGGCCAGUUCUUCUUCCCUGCAGGGCUCACCCCCUCUCCCCACCGAGAUCUGGCUCCUCAUUCUGGACCAGGCUGCCAAUCUGGCUGACCUGGCCAGCUUCGCACGUGUCAACGGGCACUUUUGGAAUACGGCUAUCCCUCUUCUGUACGGACGCGCAGCCUGCUCUUCUCCAUACACACAGCAGAAGGCUCUGUUCUGGGGGGUUGUCCACGACCUGCCACGGACCCUUGAGUCAGCCCUUGCCGCCGGCAUCAACAUUGACAGCAUCUGGCACAGUCCCCGCCGCGCGGCCAAAUUUCCAAGUUUCGGCCAAAUCUUGAGCACUCAUACCUUUUCUCGUGGCCUAGAGCAAGACGGAAGCGAGGAUGGAGAUGAGAUCGAGAUUGGUGAGUACCAUGACUGGCACUGGUCCGUGGUACACAUUGCCGCCUUGAAGGGCAACAUUCCCAUCUUAGAACGCAUCUUGAGGGAGAAUCCUCGCCUGGAUACCGGCUGUCUAGGCUUAUGUGAUUGCGAGGUCCAACCUCAAAUACUGGGGCCGAGAACCGCAGCUACUUGCUACCUGCAAAUCCCGAUGUGGACGCCACUGCAUGUCGCCAUCUGCUCUGGCCAUGUCCGGGUUGCAGAACUGCUUCUAUCUGCGGGCGCCUCUGAAUGUAUGGACCAACCCCAGGGAGGGACGGAUCUUGUUCGCACAGGACUGACCCCUCUACAUGUUGCGUGCAUGUCGGGACAGACAUGUAUGGUAGAAUGGUUGAUACGGGCACGAGGCUACCAUUCCAGGAUUGACGUUUUAGACUCUGCAUGCCAGAGCCCCCUUGUUUACGCAUAUCUCUACCGUCACUGGGAUUCGUUCCAGGUGAUGUUGGAUCAUGGCGCAGACAUCAACGUUGUUGUUACAGACAACCUCUCCGCAGCGCGACACAAUCCUGGAGGUCAAGAUGAAGAGGAAAAUUUAGCCCAUCAAACUAUGCUGUACUCAUCUAUUCAGGACCAUAGGUUUGAAGAUGCCUGCCGCCUGAUCGGAUUCGGCAUUGACCUUCAUUCGACCGGAGAUUCUGACAAUCUCCCUUUGAUCAAUCUCUUAUGCGAGUCUCCGUGGGAUGUACGGCCAUGGUUUGCUUGGCAGACCCAAAAAUGCAAGUCGCACUUGCAAGACAUUCACGGCUCGACUUUAUUGGAUAUUCUCAUCGAUUCGCGCCUCGAAUUCAAUAGAAGCUUCUUGGGCACCACUGCCCUCGCCCACGCCGCUCAUUCCGCAAACAUCAUUGCCGUUAAUCGCCUGUUGCUUGCCGGCGCAAACGUAAAUGGAGACGAAUGGGGAGAUUCUCCGCCACUUCUGAUGGCCGUAGUAAAUCCACACCAAAGGUCCAUUUCCGCCAUUGUAAGUAUGCUUUUACAUUCCGGGGCCGCUGCACACUAUGAUACUGCGAACCAUGAACCGCCUUUAUGGUCACUCUAUGUCCACAACAAGGACAGACCAGAGGUGGAACCAAUCGCGGAGAUGUUACUCCAGCACGGUGCGAACCCUGUCCGUGGCACUGCGACGGGGGAUUCAAAGUAUACGACUCCCUUGGAGAAGUUCUUGGCUGAUGGAGAUGUCACUGCCUUCGAAACACUUCGAGCGCGAUGCCCCAACGCUGUUUUAGGCGAGGACGAUGUCAUUGGGAUUUGGCGGUCCGUUUCCAAACGCAGCGAAGCGAAGCUCAUUGAGUACGUCUUGGAUAUGGAUGGGUGUGAGGCUGUUCUGCAAAAGCACGACGUUAUCUAUCUUCCUGUGCCACGCCUCUCAGUGCAGAUACCGACACCAUUUGACCUCGUUCUGAAAUUAUUGAACCUUCAAACCGGCUCGAGAAGGAUCCCCGGCUAUCUGGGAGGCAUCAUCAACCGUGCCAUUGUUCAGAAUGUCGACCCUCUUCUCAUCAAGGAACUUCUGGACGCUGGAGCUAGCUGCCGCCACAUGUACAAGUUCCGAACACCAUUGAUGGAAGUUCUGGGCAAACAUGGUAAACCAAUGGAGCUCAGAAAGGAAUACAUUCGGGUCCUUCUAGGUGCCGGCGAUCGUAUCUACCGUGACCUGGGCAUGUAUUACUCACCUCACUUGAGACCACAAGAAGACCCAAAUACCAUUCUGGGGUUUGCUCUCAGCGAGGUGACAAAAGACGCGAGGGUCUUAACGCUCAUUGAACUUAUGUUAGAGCUCCAGCCUUUGCGGAACGAGCCAUCAGCACAAACCUAUGUCUACGUACGACAAGCUUGUCUCAUGGGUCGCAUGAGAGCCUUGAUGGCUGUCAUUGGAUCAUCAGAUAUUGCUGUUUCCGCUAUUCGCUCAAAUGCGAGCAAGCUCAUCCAUGAAAUGCUAGACACCAUCCCAACGCAACAGAAGACGAUCGGAGACAUGAGCGACGCAAUAGAUUGUCUAGAGUUUAUCAUAAUACAGGAUGGCGAUUGCUUGCGUUCAAUUUUACCCGAAUUUUCAAGCGACAGGAGAACCGCGCAGGAGAAGCUACUUGCACUUAUUUGGUCGAAUACUUCUUCUGAUAAUCAUGAGAUGGGGGCAACAUGGUGUAUGAGGAAUAGGAUCAUGUUCACAGACGAGGACGAGGCGCCUGACUUUGUUCAACUUCUGUGGCCUUCUUCGUUUGGGAUCUUCAAGGGCGAUCACACAUCCUUGGCUGAAGUAGGACGGCUGCUUCAAAGAUCAAAGGUCUAG